AUGACUCAUUUGAUUGGUUACAUCGCGACAGCUAAUAUCGACAUAAACCAUUUUUUCGAGGAAAGAGUUGGUGAAACCGUCUACUUUAUAGGCUCACAGUUCGUUCCUGGGGAAUAUAUUCCGAGUUUUCGAAUAGAUCCACAAACCAAACGUCUAAGGCGCGACUUUUAG